AGUGAUUGGUGGCGGUGGCAUUGAAGGGUUGGUUCGUGUGGAGCAGAGCAUUGGUCACGAUCAGGAAAGGAAGAAAAGUUGACGACAUGAAAGAGAUUGAAGAUAAUACUGGGGGCAAAGGGAUGCAAUUUGUUAUCCCAGUAAAUGAAAAUCCAAGACAAGAAAAAAGUACGAUACAUGAGCUCCGAGUGAUUGGUGGCAUUGGCAUUGAAGGGUUGGCCGUGUGGGGCAGAGCAUUGGUCACGAUCAGGAAAGGAAGGAAGGUUGACCACAUGAAACAGAUGGAAGAUAAUGUUGGGGGCAAAGGGAUACAAUUUGUUAUCCCAGUAAAUGAAAAUCCAAGUGGAAUAGCCCUUCAGUAUGGUGUUGACUCCUGAGUUAUGUAUCAACACCAUGUCCGUGUUGGAAUUUUGGAUGCUUACCAUAUGGUGUCGACACCAGAAUUAUGUAUCGACACUAUACCGGUCUCGGAUUUCUGUUCUCUUUUGCAGUUUCUUCAUAUAAGCCCAUCAAUGUUAAUCCCAUCUUUCAGAUCAUUCUUGCUUAUCA